AUGGCCCUGAGGAUCCCCAUCAGCGCUCCCCUGCUCCUCGUGGGGCUGCUGGCCACAGGCCUGGCGCAGUUGCCAAUCCCUGCCUCCACCCCCCGAGGCUUCUGGGUUCUGCCUGAAAACACGACGGUGGUGGAGGGGGCCGCUGCGGAGCUGCGGUGUGGGGUCAGCGCCCCUGGCAGUGCAGUGCAGUGGGCCAAAGACGGGCUGCUGCUCGGCCCCGAUCGCAGAAUCCCGGGCUUCCCGCGGUACCGCCUGGAAGGGGACCCCACUAGAGGGGAAUUCCACCUACGCAUUGAAGCAUGUGACCUCAGCGACGACGCAGAGUACGAGUGCCAGGUCGGCCGCUCAGAGACAGGCCCCGAGCUCGUGUCUCCUAGAGUGACUCUCUCUGUGCUAGUGCCCCCCAAGGUGCUUCAGCUGACCCCCGAGGCAGGGAGCACGGUCACGUGGGUGGCUGGGCAGGAGUACGAGGUCAGCUGUGUGUCUGGGGAUGCAAAGCCAGCACCCGACAUCACUUUCCUCCGGAGUGGACAAAUAAUUCCAGACAUCUCUGCUAACGUGAAUGCGGGGUCCCAGGAGAAACUCUUCACCACGGAGGCCACAGCCAGGGUGACACCUCAGAGCUUGGAUAAUGGGCAGUUACUGGUCUGUGAGGGGUCCAGCCCAGCUUUGGACACCCCUAUCAAGGUCUCAGUCACUAUGAAUGUUUUGUUCCCCCCAGGACCCCCUGUCAUUGAGUGGCCAGGCCUGGAUGAGGGGCAUGUGCGGGCAGGGCAGACCUUGGAGCUGCUGUGCAUGGCCCGAGGGGGCAAUCCGCCAGCGACACUGCAGUGGCUGAAGAAUGGCCAGCCCAUGUCCACAGCGUGGGGCACGGAGCACGCUCACUCGGUGGCCCGCAGCUUGCUAGUGAUGAUCAUACGGCCAGAAGACCACGGGGUGAGGCUCAGCUGUGAGGCCCACAACAGCGUAUCUCCAGGGAUCCAGGAACGUGGGGUUACACUACAGGUCACCUUUCCCCCCAGCGCCAUUACCAUCCUGGGAUCUGCAUCCCAGUCUGAGAACAAGAACGUGACGCUCUCCUGCAUCACCAAGUCCAGUCGCCCUCGGGUUCUCCUGCGAUGGUGGCUGGGCUGGCGGCAACUGCUGACCACAGAGGAGACGGUCACGGACGGCCUGCAUGGUGGCCACAUCUCCAUGUCCAACCUGACAUUCCUGGUGCGACGAGAGGACAAUGGUCUGACCCUUACAUGUGAGGCCUUCAGUGAGGCCUUUACCAAGGAGACCUUCAAGAAGUCGCUUGUUCUGAAUGUGAAAUAUCCUGCCCAGAAGCUGUGGAUCGAGGGGCCGCCUGUGGGGCAGCGCCUCCGGGCUGGGACCCGGGUGAGGCUGGUGUGUUUGGCUAUUGGAGGGAACCCAGACCCCUCCCUCACCUGGUUGAAGGACUCGCGCACGGUGACCGAACCGCGGCCGCCCCAGGAGCCGCGGCGGGUGCAGCUGGGAAGCCUGGAGAAGUCGGGGAGCACCUUCUCCCGCGAGCUGGUGCUGGUCGCGGGCCCGUCGGACAACCAGGCCAAGUUCACGUGCAAGGCGGGCCAGCUCAGCGCGUCCACGCAGCUCGUGGUGCAGUUUCCCCCGACUAACGUGACGAUCCUGGCCAACGCGUCGGCGCUGCGCCCCGGGGACGCUGUGAACUUGACGUGCGUCAGCGUGAGCAGCAACCCUCCGGUCAACUUGUCGUGGGACAAGGAGGGGGAGAGGCUGGAAGGCGUGGCCGCCCCGCCCCGGAGCGCCCCCUUCAGAGGCUCCGCCGCCGCCAGGAGCGUCCUUCUGAGACUGUCAUCCCGCGACCACGGCCACCGCGUGACCUGCCGCGCCCACAGCGCGGAGUUGAGAGAAACCGUGAGCUCCUUCUACCGCCUCAACGUGCUGUAUCCUCCAGAGUUCCUGGGGGAGCAGGUGCUCGUGGUGACCGCGGUGGAGCAGGGCGAGGCGCUUCUGCCCGUGUCCGUGUCCGCCAACCCUGCCCCGGAGGCCUUCAACUGGACCUUCCGCGGCUACCGCCUCAGCCCAGCUGGCGGCCCCCGUCAUCGCAUCCUGUCUGGCGGAGCUCUGCAGCUGUGGAAUGUGACCCGCGCCGACGACGGCCUCUAUCAGCUGCACUGCCAAAACUCGGAGGGCACGGCUGAAGCGCUAGUGCGGCUGGAUGUACACUAUGCUCCCACCAUCCGAGCUCUCCAGGACCCCACUGAGGUGAACGUUGGGGGUUCUGUGGACAUAGUCUGCACCGUUGAUGCCAAUCCCAUCCUUCCAGAGAUGUUCAACUGGGAGAGACUGGGAGAAGAGGAAGAGGACCAGAGCCUGGAUGACAUGGAGAUGACAUCAAAGGGAUCCACAGGGCGUCUUCAGAUUCGCCAGGCCAAGCUGGCCCAGGCUGGUGCUUACCAGUGCAUUGUGGACAAUGGGGUGGCACCUCCAGCCCGAGGGCUGGUCCGUCUUGUUGUCAGAUUUGCCCCCCAGGUGGAGCAUCCCACUCCCCUAACUAAGGUGGCUGCAGCUGGAGACAGUACCAGUUCUGCCACUCUCCACUGUCGUGCCCGAGGAGUUCCAAACAUUGUCUUUACUUGGACCAAAAACGGGGUCCCUCUGGAUCUCCAGGAUCCCAGGUACACAGAGCACACGUACCACCAGGGCGGGGUCCACAGCAGUCUCCUGACCAUUGCCAACGUGUCUGCAGCCCAAGAUUAUGCUCUCUUCACGUGCACAGCCACCAAUCCCCUCGGCUCGGACCACACCAACAUUCAGCUCGUCAGCAUCAGCCGCCCUGAUCCCCCAGUGGGAUUAAAGGUCGUGAGCACGACCCCAUACUCGGUGGGGCUGGAGUGGAAGCCUGGCUUUGAUGGGGGCCUGCCACAGAGGUUCCAGAUCAGGUAUGAGGCUCUGGGGACUCCAGGGUUCCUCUACGUGGAUGUCCUACCGCCCCAGGCCACCACCUUCACGCUGACUGGACUGCAGCCUGCUACACGAUACAGGGUCUGGUUGCUCGCUAGCAACGCCCUGGGGGACAGCGGACUAGCUGACAAGGGGUCCCAGAUCCCUAUCACCACCCCAGGUCUAGACCAGCCUUCUGGAGAACCCGGCUACCAGCUGCCCACAGAGCAGCCUGCAGGACCCUCGGAGCUGCCCCUGCUGCCUGUGCUGUUUGCUGUUGGGGGUCUUCUGCUGCUUUCUAAUGCCUCCUGUGUUGGGGGAUUCCUCUGGCAGCGGAGACUGAGGCGUCUUGCUGAGGGCAUCUCAGAGAAGACAGAGGCGGGGUCGGAGGAGGACCGGGUCAGGAAUGAAUACGAGGAGAGCCAGUGGACUGGAGACCGGGACACUCGGAGCUCCACGGUGAGCACAACAGACGUAGAGCCAUAUUACCACUCCAUGAGGGACUUCAGCCCCCAGCUGCCCCCCACGCUGGAGGAGGUGUCUUAUCCCCGAGGUUUCACAGGCCUUGAAGAGGAGGAUGUGCCCUUUCCUGGGCACCUGUAUGAUGAGGUGGAAAGACCGUACGCCCCGUAUGGGGCCUGGGGACACCUCUAUGAUGAAGUACAGAUGGGUGCAUAUGGCCCCUGCUGGCCUGGGAACAAGUAUGAGGAUCCAAGAGGAAUCUACGAUCAGGUGGCAGGAGACUUGGACCCUCUGGAGCCUGAUUCUCUACCCUUUGAGCUGAGGGGACAUCUGGUGUGAGACCCUUCUUGACAUCCUUUUCCUACA